AUGCCGUCUAGUACUACUCCAGAAAUCCGGCAAGUAUGGACGUCCGAUCCAGGGACCAUGGCCAACGAAACGGCUGUCAUGAGAUGGCCAAGGAUCAUUCAGAACAUCGUGAAAGACGUCACCGAGACGGUGAAUCAGCUCUUGUCUUAUAAUGAGAAAAUUGAAGGCCAUAAAAUUUGCCUGCAACUUGAGUCCCUGAAGAAAGAGAUCACGGGUAACGAGUUAUUAAGUCCCCUACCAAAACAUGAAAGACUCCCCUAUGUCACAGAUUGGAACUCUCAGCUGCAAGAACUCAAGGGUUGCUCAUGGUUAGCAGCGCCAUGGUUAUUCACCGAGUGUUACCAGUACAAGCGCGUCCAAGUGAUUUUCGCCACAGCAGCCACGCCUCACUGGCAAUCCUAUGACUAUUUCAAACGACUGAAAGACUCGACAUUUGCACAAUCUCGCAAGGCCGUGGAAGAAUUAGCCGCGAGAUUCAUUAGCAUAGUAGUCCAAGAGAAGAGCUCUCUUGCCCGGGCCAUUGAGAUAACGACUGAUAAUACUACCGCCGACAACCCACAGAAGCUUUUGUUCAUUGAGAUGACCGAAAUUUCCCUUUGGGGAAAUGCCACCGACUUGUCCCUCUUGAGUCAUCUCAACCUUGAAGAUUUGCAGAGCCUCCAGGGGAGAGACAGCAUACUCAAGAGACGGUGCAAUAUAGUCGAUGACGAUCUGGACGAGGCCUGGGGAUUUCUGACCAAAACCCCACGCGCGAGAAUUGACAUUGUUCUCGAUAAUGCUGGGUUUGAAUUCUUUACAGACAUGCUAUUUGCGACUUAUCUGCUUGAAUUAGAGCUAGCGUCCAACAUCAGGCUGCACGUCAAGGACUUUCCCUGGUUUGUCAGCGAUGUUAUCCCCUCUGACAUCCCUUCAUUAUUCUCUCAUCUGGCAUCAGCAGAGACUUUCCCGAACCACCGCAGCCAAAUCGACCAAUUGAUUAAGCGCAUGCAGAAGCAGAUGGACAGUGGAGCCAUUGAAAUCAAGCAGCACCCCUUCUGGACUACAGGGUAUACGUAUCACGAAAUGCCGUCCCAGGCUCCAGAUCUCUAUCAUGAUCUGAGCAAGACAAACAGAAGAGACCUGGUAAUUUUCAAGGGUGAUUUGAAUUAUCGCAAGUUGACUAAGGACGGGCUGUGGCCUCACACCACGACUUUUGAAGAUGCACUAGGACCGAUGGGGAGGGAUAGUGGGAUCAAUAUUCUCGCUUUAAGAACUAACAAAGCUGAUGUGGUUGUUGGGAUUAAGACGGCGACGAGGGUUGCGGAGUUGCAUAAGGAAGCACCGGGUGGUGCGUGGACGAGGAAUGGGAAGUAUGCUGUAAUUUCCUUCAAUGAAGGCAGCUCGCCGAGUUAG